UGUUCGAACGCGUUUAUUAAACGUGAACUGUCAACGGACAAAAUCCAUUGUGUGUUUGAAAUUCAAAACUGUCACUUAUAAUCUGAAACAUUGUAAAAAACGAAACAUGUCGAGAAUAAUUGCCGAUGAAGAAUUGAUCAUAUUAGAUGAUUCAUCCGAUGAUGAUGAAAUCAUUCAUAAUUACAAAUCUAUCGAAUCAUUAUCAUUAAGUUCAGGUGAUUAUGAUGAUAAUAAUACUAGUAAUGAAGAAAUGAUAUUGGAAAAAGAUGAAAAAUUUUCCAUUGAAAUUGAUAAUGGACUUGCAGCCAUUUUAAAACCACAUCAAAUUGAUGGUAUUAAAUUCAUGUAUAAUUGUACAAUUGGUUCAAUGGAACAGCUCAAACAAAGUGCUGUAAAUGACAAACAGUCCGGUGAUGGAUGUAUUCUGGCACAUUCGAUGGGCCUUGGAAAAACUCUUCAAAUUGUUGCUUUCAUACAUUCCAUUUCGACCAAUGUAAUAAUCAAAAAAUACAUUCGAAAAAUAUUGAUUAUUGUUCCAUAUAAUGUUGCGCAAAAUUGGCAUGAUGAAUUUGAAAAAUGGUUCGGUAAAUGUAAUCGUAAGGAAAAAAUUCGUUUAUGGAAAAUGUAUGAAACAAAAACAUCGAUUGCUAAACGUCGUCAAUUGCUGUUGAAUUGGGAUUUUUAUGGUGGUGUAAUGAUUAUAACAAGUCGUAUGGCAACAAAUAUGAUUGAUAAUUUGGAUGAAAAAUCAUUUCGUCGAUCAUUAACAAAUCCCGAUUUAGUUAUUGUUGAUGAAGGACAUUUAUUGAAAAACAAUAAAACAGCUUUCUAUAAAGCAUUGACACGAAUCAGAACCGAACGUCGAAUUAUUCUUACUGGUACACCAUUACAAAAUAAUCUUACUGAAUAUUUUUUUAUGGUUGAUUUUAUCAAACCAAAACUUUUGGGUAAACAUGAACGUUUCAAAACACGAUUUGAAAAACCAAUCAAUAAUGGUCAAUUAAUCGAUUCAACUGAUUAUGAAGUAAAGCUGAUGAAAAAACGUAUACAUGUUUUAACAAAAAUGUUAAAAAAUUAUGUACAUCGUUGUGAUUAUGAAAUAUUGGUACCAUAUCUUCCACCAAAACAAGAAUAUGUUAUCGGUGUUCGUAUGACACCAAUUCAAUCACGUUUAUAUCAAUAUUAUAUUACAAAUGUUACAACUAUAACUAGAAAAAAUCUUUUAAAUGAUUCACGUAUUUUAAUGUUAAUUAGUAAUCAUCCUUCAUUGUUAUUAAAAUAUCAUCAAGAACGAUAUGGUAAAGAAAAUUUUGAUAAUCAUCAUGAAUUUUGGUGGCGCCAAGUUAUCGAUUCAUUAGAAGAAAAACAAAUGUUUGAUAUGAAAUUCGGUUCCAAAUUUACAUUGAUAUUUUCGAUACUUGCACAAUGUGAACGGAUUGGUGAUAAAAUUCUUAUAUUCUCACAAAGUAUUCUAACAUUGAAUUAUCUGGAAAAAUUGUUGAAUGAACAAAAUUGGAUGAAAAAUUUGGAUUAUUUUCGAAUCGAUGGUCAUGUAGAAAUUAGUGAACGUCAUGAUGUAAUCGCUAAAUUCAACAAUCCAAAAGAUCAUCGUGCACGUUUAAUGUUAAUAUCGAUUCGUGCUGGUGGUAUUGGCAUUAAUUUAGUCGGUGCAAAUCGUGCAAUAUUGAUUGAUUGUAGUUGGAAUCCGGCUAUCGAUUUACAGGCAAUUUUUCGUGUAUUUCGUUUAGGUCAAACAAAACCAGUGUAUAUUUAUCGGCUAGUUUCUUAUGGUACAAUGGAAUGGAAAAUCUAUGAACGUCAAGUACAAAAACAAUCAUUAUCAAAACGUGUAAUCGAUGAACAACAUGUUGUUCGUAAUUAUACUCGUGCUCAACUUGAAGAAAUGUAUCGUUUUGAAGAAUCACCCGAUUGUAUAGCCAUACCUGAAUUACCAAACGAUAAUGUUUUGGCUGAUCUAUUAUUGAUGCAUGAUUAUGAACGUUCAAUAAUAUCAUAUCAUGAACAUGAUUCAUUAUUAGCACAACAUCCUGAAGAAGAAUUGGAUGAUGAUGAAAAACUUGAAGCUUGGGCUGAAUAUACUCGAGAAAAAAUCAUCAAACCAGAAUCAAAAUCAAUUUCAAAUCAAUUAAUGAUCGAUGAACAAAAAUUUCCAUUGAAUGAACCAAAAAUUAUCGAUUUAGAUAUUGAAGAAUUUUAAUUAUUU